AUGCCGCGCCUGAGCAAGAGGCGUACAGAGGAACUGAGAAACGCGGGCGGUGGGCCACACCCCCCUGCCUCUGGCAUGAACCUAGAGACCCUCAUGAGCGCCUUCCCCGAGUGGCACGACAUGGGCCUCUGGCCCCACGACAGGCUGCGGACAGCGCUCUGCGCCAGCCGCGGGAUCAGGGCCCUCGUCAAAGAGACCCUGAACCGAGACAACCACUGGAUCACGACGGUCCGUGUAAACGGAUACCGAAGGAGAGACAUGAAAUGGUUCCUCUCAGGCAUCGGGGCAAAGAUGGGCCUCAUCGGUCGCUUCACGCUGUACCUCGAAGAAGGGUACGGCUACAGGGGUGCGCGCGUACACGAAUUCACCAAGAAAGUCUGUGGAAACAGGUCCCUUGCCCCGGGUCCGACGGACCUCAUUGUCGAAGUUUCCACCGCACUCGGCCUGUUCCACAAGGAGUGCAUAUGCCACAGGCUCAGAUCCCUCGACGUCAGGGUCCACGUCGAGGAAUGGGAGCACAUCAACAGAAUGAUCCACAACAGCCGCAGCACCCUCUCGGAGCUCUCGCUGUGCAGAUACGACGGGAGCAUCGACAUGGGUUCCAGUGAUUACGCCUGCCUGAACGUGAUCAAACUCUUCAGCGGGGACUUGUUGAAUCUCAGGCGCAUCAGCCUCGGGGGCGUCAAGAUCGAUUACGUGACUGCCCUUUGCAUGAUGCGUGGCCUGCAGAGAACGGAUAGUGACCUCUUCUCGGGAAUGUUCCAGAAAAUGCACAGGCUCGACACCCUCGAGUUCAUCAGGACCGACUUCCGCACCAAGAAAGUGUUCAACCACAGGCUGCUGAAGGAGAUCGAGAACGAAUGCCAUCGCAGGGACUUUGUAGCGCACCUCAGUUUUGACCGCGUCAAGCUCAGCAACCUCCACAUGAUCUCGAAGAUGAGAUUUCUCACGGAGCUCAGCUUUGAAAGAAUCGAGUUCAGAGACUGCGGUGUGCAAACCUUCCUGGACAGCACGAGCGAUGUGUUGCCAAACGUCACAAGGCUCGCAUUCGUCGACUGUGGGCUCUGCAUGGAGGCCAUCUGCAGAAUCGUCUCCGUCCUCCACGGCGAAAGGCUGCAGCAUCUCGACGUGUCCCGCAACAAACCCAGGGAGUUGUUGACAGCGCAAGCCACAGACCGCCUCGUGACAGUCCUCUCGAGGUGUCUCGUUGAGUUCACCGCUAUGGAGACGCUCAGGAUGGAAGACAUGAACAGGGAGGUAUGGGCAUACCUCAUGAGGUUCCAGUACAUCGACCUGAAGGUGUUCGGAUGCAGAAUGAACGAGCUCUCCAGAGAGAGCGUGGCAAAGACUCCCGACCUGCCUCGGAAGCUGGAGAUACUGACGGUGGCGUUUCUCUUCAUCUCGAAGGAGGCCAGGGUUAGGACGAUAAGGGAAGGUGAUGCGCCCUGGUUCUCCGUGAUUGACCUGAUCAGCGCGCUGUGUGGUGUCGGAGGCACCAAGGAGAUCAAGAGUGUGAUGAAGCAGAUUCCAUCCGACAUCACGUCGAGGUAUCUUCAGAGGCACCUGGGGGGGAAGAAGGACACGCGCGAACCGACUGUGGACUAUGAUGGGGCGAUCAAGGUCGUCGAUGCGAUCUUCGAGAUCUGUGGCCAGCAUGCUCAACACAGGGACAAGAUCAUUGCAACCUUCAACCAGUGUGUGAGGGUCAAACCAACGAUUGAGAUUUUCCCGGGUGGGAAUAUUCGAGUGCUUUACGCCUGGCCGGAACCGCUGCUUGCUCUGAUGGACGUCGUGUCCGUUGUCUGCAACAGAGUGAAUGACCCACAACAGACUCGCUUUGCAACUGAAACUUUGGGAUCGAUCUUCAAUCGUUUUCCGGAAACCCUCGAUGAUGUCGAUUACUUCCAGUUUUUUGGCCAGGGUCAAAAAGAGACCCCGUGUAGCAACCUGGACACCGCCUUGAAAGUCGCCACACACAUCCAGAGCAGCACAGCAGCACAAUUCCGCAGUGUGACUAUCGACACGCUGAAGAAGGUCUUGGCUGGUGACCCGAGUCUUCAUGGAGUACUCGCCCGCAAUCGUCAGUCGGGGAGUGCAUUGUCGAACAUCGCGCGCGAGAGUAUUGCGGGAACCCAGACAGCGGGGGACGUUGAGAGAGAGCCCAAAAGGCAGAAGGUGGACGAUGCAUCCGACAUGAUGCUGUUGAGGGUUCCCGAGCACUGGAAUGCCGACGAGUGCCACCGGGUGGUUGUGGAGGUCACGAAGGUGGUGGAGAAGAAGAUUCAACUGACUGAAUGCAAGACGGAGAAGCUGAAGGUGAAGUUGGAGGUGAACAAGGGGGACCUUGACCGGUUGAAGCAAUUGGGGGAGAACAUGAAGGUGGAAUUGGAGAUUGGCAAGGUGAAGGUGGAGCAAGAGAAGUGUUGUGUUGACAAGGAGAGGUCGACAGCGGAGAGAAUCAAGUGUGAGAUGGAGAUGGAGAGGUUGAAGAUGUUUUCUGCGGCCAACAACAGGGAGCAAUCCACGGCAGAAGUGAGAAGGAAUCGGACGAGCUUCGACAAGUGGACACUGGCGAGCAUCAUUGAGCGCAAGUUGGCGAAGUGCCCGAGGCACUUGAUUGGGAGCAUUCCAAUGGAGCACUACCCGAAGCUCGACAGGGCCCUGUCGCAACUGUAUUUGAAGCAGAAUGGUGUGCUUCCGCCGACGGACGGAGUCUGCUAUUUGACAGACCCUUCCGUGGCUAUCCAUUCGUAUGACGACUAUCAGAUCGUCUGCCUUUCCAUGACGUGCAAAAGCAUCCAGCACAUCCUACAAGGCGAGAGAGUCUGUCGCCAACUGAUACAGAAACGCCUGGAGAGGUGCCGCGAGGCUCACUCGGAGAUGAUUCGUGCAAUGGGCCUGCAGUGGGGGGCUGUGCUGUGGGAAAGGCCCAAACGGCACAGUGACAUGCGCCUGCUCUCCCUCUACUCGUUCGGGGGCUGCAUGUUGUGUGGUAGGAAGUGUCGUACAGUGUACGAGGGCUGGUCCAUCAGAAUGUGCAAGAAUUGCUUCAUUUUCGAGACAGUUGGGGAGAGGAUCAUCGAUGUGGCAUACGAACUCGAACGGAACCAGUACGCGCAUCUCCCGUGCAGGGUUCUGCAAUACAGGAGAAAGUUUCUCAAGUCCGAUAUUGAGGCGAUAUCGGGGAAAUACCUGGAUUCCGAUGACAUCGAUGACGCGUUCGCGAGAAAGCGAGACAUGGAGAGGCAGUGGGAGCUUGACUUGGAGAGGCAGAUGCUGCAUCGACAGCUGGAGGAAAAACGUGCACGCAGGCGGGCCAAGGUUUCUUGCGCCUGCGGCGCGGUCGUCUGCCAAGGGUCCUUCACCGCACACCAAAGAUCCUUAAAAAGCACAUUCGGGGGAUGA